GGUGUGACAGUGCGCGUUCACGUGGCGGACACGGAGCUCAAAAGCUCUGCAGCACUUCCACACACACCACACACACACCCACGGCUCCAGCAUGGCUUUCUUCACGCGCCAGUUCAUCAGAGGCUUCUCGUCCACGGCCGUCAGAAACGUGGUCAUUAAACAGGUCACGGUGAUCGGCGGCGGGCAGAUGGGAGCAGGAAUCGCACAAGUUGCUGCUUCAACGGGCCACUCGGUGACGCUGGUGGACACGUCUGAAGACAUCCUGAAAAAGUCUGUCAAAGGCAUUGAAGGGAGUCUGAAAAGAGUGGUCAAGAAGAAGUUUGCUGAUAAACCAGAGGCAGGAGAAGAGUUCAUCCAGAAGGUCCUGCAGAAAGUGUCGAUUUCAACAGACGUCGGGUCUGCUGUGCAGAGCUCUGAUCUCGUGCUGGAGGCUAUUGUAGAAAACCUUAAAAUCAAACAGGAUCUCUUUGGUCGGCUUGACAAACUGGCACCAGCACACACCAUCUUUGCCAGCAACACUUCCUCGCUGCCCAUCACUGACAUUGCCAGCCCCACCAGCAGACUGGACAGAUUCGGCGGCCUUCACUUCUUCAACCCGGUGCCGAUGAUGAAGCUGGUGGAGGUUAUUGCAACCUCGUCGACAAGCAAAGAGACCUUUGAGUCGCUCAUGAACUUCUGUAAAGCCCUUGGAAAAACACCAGUGUCCUGCAAGGACACGCCUGGAUUCAUUGUGAACCGUCUACUUGUUCCUUACAUGGGCGAGGCGAUACGUUUGCACGAGAGAGGUCAUGGGUCUAAAGAAGACAUCGACAUUGCUAUGAAACUGGGUGCUGGAUAUCCCAUGGGGCCCUUUGAGCUUGCCGACUACGUCGGACUGGACACGAUGAAGUUCAUCAUCGAUGGCUGGUGUGAAAAGGAGCCCAACAACCCGCUCUUUCAGUCGAGUGCGCUGCUGAACAAACUGGUGGCAGAAGGCAAAUACGGCAGGAAGACGGGAGAAGGGUUCUACAAGUACAAGUAGACGUGAA